CUGGCGCUGCAGCUGCAGCCACGCCAGCCCUGUGCCGAGGAGCUGCUGGAGGCACGGCACCGGGCCAGGGAUGGGCAGAGCUGCCUGGAGCUGCUGCGGGACCCGGGGAUGCAGUGUGGGGCAGCUGCUGACUGCAUAGAUCUGUACCGGGACACACUGGACAUCCCCGAGGACAUGGGGGGCAAGGACACAGCCCCCCCAGCACUGUGGAGGGACCCUCAGGACGUGCCCAUGAGGGGCUGGGGACACUGCAAUGAGCCGGAGCCUUUGGGCAGUGCUGAGCCAGACACCUCUCACCUCUUCCUGGAGCAGGAGUUUGCAGGGGGCAGCAGAAGCCCCCAAGUGCUGGGGGAACCCCAGGAUUGCCCCCAGGAUGCCCCGGAGCUGCCUUGCUACCAGCUGCACUCGUGCCUGCGCCGGGGCACGCUGCCCUCGUACUGCUGCAGCACCUGCCGGCAGCUGCACACAGGAGGCUGUGCCACAGGCCGUGCCUGCCGCAGCCGGCACCACGGGCAGGAGCUGCGCGGGGAGCGCCAGCAGCGGCUCUGGCUGCAGCGCACGGAGCUGGACAUGCUGCUGGCCGACGGCUCUGGACCCCACUCCUAAUACUGCUGGUGGAAGGGCACAGGAGGGGCAUGGCCACUGCCUGGCCCCUGCAGCAGGAAGGGAACAGGAACAGCCACGGCUUGGCACAAGGAUGCUGGACUCAUCAACCCCCCUGAGAUGGCAGUGCCUGUACUGGGCUCUAGGAGGAGAGGCCCUGCUCCAGCCCCAGUGCUCCCACUGUAAAUGACUCCAUGCAUCAGUAAAGCAGCUGCCUCAGU